GAGACAUACCACCAAAGCUUGAACUCCCUGUUUUUUCAUUUUAAUAUCUCUAUCCAUUUUCUCUUACAAUCACACUACUAGUAAUAAUGGAAGAUACAGAUUGGAUUUUAGUAGAGAAACCCAACUGUACAGAUUCUGAGAAUUCAACUAACAGUAAGCCCUUAAAGAUUACGUUUAACGAACCUGCCAAGCUCUGGACAGACUCGAUUCCAAUCGGAAACGGCAAUCUGGGCGCUAUGAUAUGGGGCGGCGCGCAAUCUGAACUUAUUCAGCUCAAUGAAGAUACUCUUUGGACUGGAAUUCCAGGAAACUAUACAAACCCUAAUGCUCCUGAGGCAUUAUCAAAAGUCAGAAAGCUUGUUGAUGAUGGUCUGUAUUUGGAAGCUACAGCUGCAUCGGAAAAGUUGCUUGGCAAUGCUGCAGAUGUUUAUCAACUACUUGGAGAUAUCAAGAUAGAAUUUGAUGAUUCUCAUCUUACAUAUUCUAAAGAAACAUAUCACAGAGAGCUGGAUUUGGAUACUGCAACAGCAAGAGUGAAGUAUUCUGUUGGUGAUGUAGAAUUUACUAGGGAACAUUUUGCAUCUAAUCCUGAUGGUGUGAUUGUUAUGAAGAUUUCCGGAAGCAAAUCGGGGUCUUUAUCUUUUACGCUAUCUUUAGAUAGCAAGUUAGAUCAUCAUUGUUACAUAAAUGGCGGAAGUCGGAUUAUAAUGGAAGGGAGUUGUCCUGAAAAAAGAAUCCCUCCAAAAACAAGGGUGAAUGAAGAUGCAAAAGGAAUUCGGUUUUCCGCUGUUCUUGAUUUACGUAUAAGUGAUAACAUAGGUGUCAUACAUGUUUUAGACCAUGAGAAGUUGAAGGUUGAUGGUGCAGAUUGGGCAUUGUUGCUUUUAGUGGCUUCAUCUUCAUUUGAAAGUCCAUUUGUUCAGCCUUCAGAUUCAAUGAAAGAUCCUACUUCUGAGUCGCUUGGUGCUUUAAAGUCAAUAAAAAAUCUGUCAUAUUCCAAUCUAUAUGCACGCCACUUAAAUGACUAUCAGAAUCUUUUUCGCCGUGUCUCAUUGCAGCUCGGGAAAAGCAUUAGUAGCUCCAUCCUUAUGCCUUUUGUAAAUGCCUUCAAUUUUCAUGAGAACAAAGAUGAUGAGGUUCCAACUGUUGAGAGGAUCAAAUCAUUUCAAUAUGAUGAAGAUCCAUCCUUAGUUGAGCUCCUAUUUCAGUUUGGUCGAUAUUUACUUAUUUCUUGCUCACGGCCUGGAACUCAGGUGGCAAAUCUGCAGGGAAUAUGGAACAAGGAUCUUGAGCCGAAAUGGGACUCUGCUCCUCACUUGAACAUCAAUCUUGAAAUGAACUAUUGGCUGUCGUUACCUUGCAACCUUAGCGAAUGCCAGGAGCCGUUGUUUGAUUUUAUCAAGUCCCUCUCAGCCAAUGGAAGUAAAACUGCACAAGUAAAUUAUAAAGCAAAUGGCUGGGUUGUACAUCAUAAAUCUGACAUAUGGGCAAAAUCAUCAGCAGAUAGAGGAGAUCCUGUGUGGGCACUGUGGGCAAUGGGUGGGGCAUGGCUUUGUACCCAUCUCUGGGAGCAUUAUAGCUAUACAAUGGACAAGGAUUUUCUUGAAAGUGUUGCAUACCCUCUGUUGGAAGGCUGUGUAUCAUUUUUGCUGGACUGGUUGGUUGAAGGUCAUGAAGGAUAUUUAGAAACAAAUCCAUCAACAUCUCCAGAACAUAUGUUUAUUGCUCCAGAUGGUAGGCCUGCCUGUGUAAGCUAUUCAUCCACCAUGGACAUGGCAAUCAUAAAAGAAGUUUUUUCUUCAUACGUCUCUGCUUCCGAGGUUUUGGACAAACAAAGUGAUGUUCUUUCUCAGAAAGUCCGUAUGGCUCUACCAAGGCUUCGUCCUACAAAAAUAUCUGAAGACUGUUCUAUAAUGGAAUGGGUACAAGAUUUUACGGAUCCUGAUGUGCAUCAUCGACAUCUUUCACAUUUAUUUGGCCUAUUUCCGGGCCAUACAAUUACUCCUGAUAAAAACCAAGAUCUCUGUAAAGCUGCAGAGAAUACCCUCCAUAAACGAGGAGAGAAUGGUCCGGGAUGGUCAACCGCAUGGAAAACGGCGUUAUGGGCACGUCUCUACAACAGCAAGCAUGCUUAUAAGAUGGUUAAGCAUAUGAUUAAGUUGGUAGAUCCAUAUCAUGAGGUAGCUUUUGAAGGUGGACUCUAUAGCAACUUAUUUGCAGCACACCCUCCUUUUCAGAUUGAUGCCAACUUUGGUUUUACAGCAUCAGUUGCAGAAAUGUUAGUCCAGAGUACAAUGCAGGAUUUGUACUUGCUUCCUGCACUUCCAAGAGAUAAAUGGUCAAAUGGAUGUGUUAAAGGACUCAAGGCACGAGGCGGGUUGACAGUACGUAUAUGCUGGAAGCAAGGCGAGCUCCAUGAAGUUGGUCUUUCCGUAAAGAAUAUAAGUUCGACUCAUCGAUUACAUUAUCGACGAAGAACAGUAACAACAAGCUUAUAUCCUGGAAUACUCUAUACGUUUGAUGCACAGUUCAUGUGUGUGAAGACUGCAUCUUUGCCAUAAUUGGUCUUUCAUUGGUAGAAGUACAUGUUAUAGUUUGAUCAAAGUGUGUGAGAAAUUCUAACAUAAAUUAUGUCCAACUUGUCAUCAGAAAACAAGGUUUAUGCAAGUAUUUUUCCUGUUUUCAUGUA